CCUUCAAGGCUUCUGGAAUGCUGGGCUGCGGGGUCGGGCGCUGGUCAACGGCUUCCCGCUCGCCUCCCGGAAAAUGACGGCUUCUUGCGGGCCUCGCAGGGCACCUCGUCGCCGUCCCUUCUCUUCUUGGAGCCACUUCGUUGGGAAUCUUUUGGUGACGCUCGCGCUCCGGUUACCCGCAUCCACCGAUGCCUGUGAUAAGAUACCAAGAUAUAACUCGAUGAAAGCCAAGGGUAAUCCUGUGCCCCCUGUAAGUGCUGGGUUCGCAGCAGACUAUGAGUGCCGCCCAGGAUACAGGCUUAUUGUUCCCCUUGUUCGUCCCACCACUACUGUGUGUCAGCCUGAUGGCACAUGGGCACCUCCUCUCCGGGAGGCUUGUACAAGAAAAUCAUGUCCACAGCUGGCAGAGCCCAUCAAUGGCCGCUUAGAUGGAACUUUUCAAUAUGGUGCACAGGCUAACUAUUCUUGUAAUGUGGGCUAUACCUUAGUUGGAGCACCAGUUCUACGUUGUGAACUUGCUGGAGAUGGGAAUAAUGUGGCUUGGAGUGGUGACCCCCCACAGUGUGAAAAGAUUUUGUGUCAGCCACCUCAAAAAAUACUCAAUGGAGAAUUCAGCCAUAGCCACAAGGAUACAUUUGAAUAUAAUGAAGUAGUAACUUACAGUUGUAAGCCUUCCCGUGGACCGGAUGAGUAUUCACUUGUUGGGGAGAGCAAACUGAUUUGUUCUGGGCCAAACAAAUGGAGUAGUGACCCCCCUGAGUGUAAAGUGGUCAGAUGUGGCUAUCCGUCACUCCCUGAUGGAGAGCUCGUGUCAGGAUUUCGAAAAAAAUAUUACUACAAAGCAGAGGUUGAAUUUAAAUGCAACCAGGGUUAUUCCCUUGAAGGCAGUCGCAAAAUUGUCUGUGAAGCUAAUAGUACCUGGGUACCCGAGAUUCCUCGCUGUGUUUCAAGUAGUCCACGACGUCCCACUCCUAAUGAAACAGCAUCUCAAUCAUUAGGUACAGGAGCCAUUGUUUUAGCUGGUGGUGUCUUGGGACUCAUUAUCGCCCCCUGGAUGUACUAUCAGAAGAAGAGGAAAGGGUUGCAGAAAAACUGAUGGGGGUUAAACUUGCUGAGAGGGGAAAACAGAAAGCACUGCUGCCUACAGCACAUACCAGAAUAAAUCAAGCACUCCAGCACAGUAGACACUCUGACUGGCUUCCCAAAACGCUCUACCACUUCAUCUUUUUUAAAAUGUCAAGGCCCACAUAAAUUCAUAUGGCUACUAUGCAAAACAGUAUGGAGGGCCCUCAAAAUUAAAACCAGAGCCACCCUAUGAUCUUACAGAAAUAUAUCUGAGUGAAGAGAAUCACUAUGUGGAAAAGAUAAUCUUCUGCCCCUCCCUGUUUAUUGCAGCACUGUUCACAAUAAUAAAGACAUGGAAGCAAUCUGCAGUGUCCUUCAACCAGUCAGUGGAUAAGGGAGAUGUAUGCGUGUACAGUGAAAUACUAUUCAGUCAUUA